GUAUGUUUGACUCUGCCAAAAAAGAGUUGUUAAAAAGAAAUGGAAGGAAUAUUUUUUACAUAGAUAUCCCGACAGUUGGGCUGAAAUAAUUUUAGAUCCAUUUGACUCUGCCUAUUUGCAUAUCUCGAAACACUAACAUAUUUGCUAGUUAUAUCAUCCGUCAUUGCAUCUCAAUACGUUCUUCAAAUUCCUCAAUUUGCAUUGGUUUUUUUUUUUUUUUUUUUAAUAUAUAUAUACAUUUUCCUAGCGGUUGGCUGAAAUUAUUUUCAUCCAUUUGACUCCAUCGAUAGGUAUUUACCAGUUAUAUUGUCCGUAAUUGUUCGGAUCUCGAGACUUCCUUGAACCAAUCAUAUACUUCUUUCAAUUUGUAUUGGUCUUUUUUCGAUUCGCUUGGAUGGCGAAUUUGUAUGUGAGAGCUGCUCCAACAACGGAUCUGAAUCGGAAUACUGAAUGGUUCACGUAUCCUGGUGUUUGGACAAUCUACAUUUUCAUUCUUUUUUUCUCGUGGCUCGUUGUGUUAUCAGUAUUUGGCUGUUCAUCCGGCAUGGCUUGGACCAUCGUCAAUCUUUCCCAUUUCCUUGUCACAUAUCACUGUUUCCACUGGAAGAAGGGAACACCAUUUGCUGAAGAUCAGGGUAUCUACAACAGACUAACAUGGUGGGAGCAAAUGGAUAAUGGCAAGCAGCUUACUCCCAAUAGGAAGUUUCUGACAGUUGUUCCUGUGGUGCUGUACUUGAUAGCUUCCCAUACAACUGACUACCAACACCCAAUGCUGUUCUUCAACACAUUCGCAGUUUUCAUACUGGUGGUUGCCAAAUUUCCCAACAUGCACAAGGUUCGAAUUUUUGGGAUCAAUGCCGAUCAAUGAGCUACAUCAAUUUAAAACAUUUACUUCAACUUUCUCUCAGCUAUAGUAUUUGAUCGCUUUAACAAUUUUGAGUAAACGGGGAACUCUUUGUACAAAUGCAAGAACUGCAAAGGGUAAAAUUAUAUAUUGUAAAAAAUCAAGAUCCGAUGUUGUUGGAUAUGCUUAGCUGCGCUCUUUUCUUUUAA